GGGUUGUUAUCAUACCCAAAGCCUAGGUUAUCAGUUUGAGACUUUUCAGCGCUUUUACGAGAGCAAGUCUUGAAAGCUUCAGUACUCUUUAAACAAUCGCGGCUGCUGUAUGCUUUAAUGUAAUUGAACAUAGUUAUUUAUUUAAUUAAAAAUAAUAAAUAAAAAUAUUAUAUAAAAUAUGCCAAAUAUAAAUAAAAGUAAAGUAAUCGCUAUAAGUGCGUUAUUAAUAUCACUUGGUUUGAUUAUGGGUUCGAUAUAUUUGCACAUGCAAAAGAAACAUCAUCUCGGACGAAUGAAUACCGGAUCGAGACAAUUGAAUAGUGCUGGUGUGGACUACAUUGACUUAAAUUCAGACAUUGAUAUAAGUGAUGUCAUUAAAUCAAAUGAUUCUUCUGAUGACGUACAAUCUAGCGAAUCAGAAUCAUCAAACGAAUCGAACUCAACUGAAAUUUUUCAAUAUAACGAACUCACGCCAUCUGCUGAAACUUUUUCAAAUGAAGACAAUGUGAACGAAAUCUGUAUGCAGUGUAUGUGUGAAAAUAUUUCCAUGUGCAAGCCAAGAAAGUGUGGUAAACAAUCGUGUGGUGUCUUCAUAAUUUCAGAAAGUUAUUGGUUUGAUGCUGGUGAACCAACUGUCUCAAAAAACGAAUAUACAAACAGUAAAGAUGCUAGUGAUUAUUUUCUUUGUGUUAAUGACCGAAAAUGCGCAGAAACGACUGUAAGGGCAUAUAUGAAAAGAUUCUCUAGAGAUUGUAAUAAAGAUGGUGUUAUCGAUUGUCUUGAUUAUAUAUUGAUACAUUUACUUGGGCCAAAUGGUUGCCUUACUAGUUCAUUACAUCCAGAAUUCUUUAAAAAUAUGAGGCAAUGCUUAUCUCGUGAAGCUCUGUGAAGGAUUACCAAUAGUAAAUAUUAAAUUUAUUUAUAAGAUUUUUAAUGUAAUAUAACAUAUAAUCCCUACUCAAACUUAGUAACAAUAUGUUAGUAAUU